AUGAACGCAGCUGCUCUGCUCAAGGCCCAAGGGUGGCGGGGCAAGGGCUACACCCUUCACCCGACCGAUAACUCCAUCGGGCUUGCGAAGCCCCUCUUGAUAUCUCGAAACACGGACGGUCGCGGUAUAGGCAACAAAGCACACUACACGAGCGAUCAGUGGUGGCUCAAUGCCUUCGAUCAGAAGCUCAAGGGGCUUGAAACCUCCAAGAACGGUGUUGUCCAGACCGUCAAGCAGGGCAAGUUGGACGCCAUUGCGCCGAACAAUCAGCGAUCCGGGAAAUACACAGGUGCGAACGGCCUAUAUGCUUCGUUCGUCCGCGGUGGGAUGUUGGAGGGCACUAUCCAAAUAGAUUCCUCGACGAAGACAGAUUCGACAGACGCAACACCCGCAACUUCAGACGAUAGCGAAGGGUCCCUGUCGAGGAAAGAGAAAAAGGAAGAGACGAAAGCAGAGAAGGAGGCGAGGAAGGCUGCAAAGAAGCUUCGUAAGGCUCAGAGGGAGGCUGCGAAAAAAGCAGCGGAAAAAGCAGCCCUAAAAGCGACGAGGAAGGAAGCAAAAAAAGAGGCAGGGAAGCAAGCCAAGAAGGGCACUAAGAAGGCGCGGAAAUCGAUGGAAACGAAGGAGGAGAGACGUGCGAGAAAGGCAGAAAGGAGAGCAAAGAAGGAGGCCAAGAGAAGGAGACAGUUGGAGGCGGCUCAGAGAACCGAAGCAGGCUGA